CCGCGCGCGCCGCUCCCCGCCCCCGCCCCAGCCCGCUCCGGCUCAGCCCCGAGCCGCGGCCAUCUUGGCGCCCGGUGGCUGCCGGGAGCGAUGACGCCGUUACCCUGGUGACGGCGGGGCGGGAGGGACCGGGGCGGAGCAGAAGUGGCUACUUCCGGUGGGGGCGGGGCCAGGCCGGAAGCGGCGGGAGGAGGAAGAGUGGCCGGCGGGGCUCAGGGCGCCCGGGGGCGAUGGUGGUGCCCGGGCUGGAGCUGCCCGCGCAGGCCGUGGCCGGGAUGGUGGCCGACGUGGUGUUCGUCAUCGAGGGCACGGCCAACCUGGGGCCCUACUUCGAGUCGCUGCGCAAGCAUUACCUGCUGCCCGCCAUCGAGUACUUCAACGGCGGCCCCCCAGCUGAGACAGACUUCGGGGGAGACUAUGGGGGCACCCAGUACAGCCUGGUUGUGUUCAACACGGUGGACUGCGCCCCGGAGUCCUAUGUGCAGUGCCACGCCCCCACCAGCAGUGCCUACGAGUUCGUCGCCUGGCUGGACGGCAUCCAGUUUGUGGGGGGCGGCGGCGAGAGCUGCAGCCUCAUCGCCGAGGGGCUCAGCACGGCCCUGCAGCUCUUUGACGACUUCAAGAAGAUGAGGGAGCAGAUAGGCCAGACCCACAAGGUGUGCAUCCUGAUCUGCAACUCGCCCCCCUACCUGUUGCCGGCUGUGGAGAGCACCACCUACUCCGGCUACACCACCGAGAACCUGGUGCAGAAGAUCGGAGAGCGCGGGAUCCACUUCUCCGUUGUGUCCCCCCGCAAGCUGCCGGCGCUGCGGGCGCUCUUCGACAAGGCCACGCCCGGCGGGAUGCUGGAGGCCCAACCCAAAGACUUCAGCCAGGAUCCCCGGCACAUGAUCCUCAUCCGCGGCAUGGUGCUGCCGGUAGGUGGCAGCGCAGCCUCUGGUGCCAUCCAGCCCAAGCAGGUGGUGCCCCAACCGCAGCUCCCCACCGCGCCCCCGCAGCACCCGCCGGCCCCGCAGCAGCCCCCUGCCGCCCGCCUCCCAGCCCUACCAGGUACGUCCCCCGGGGGGGGAGGGGUCUCGGGAGGGCCUGGUGGGAGGGGUGGGAUCCUGACUGCUUUCCCCCUCCCCCUCACAGUCACCCCGCUGAACGCCUUGCCGACGCCCUUCAGCCAGGCACCCGCGCAGCCGCUCCCCACCGGCUCUGUCCCAGCCAUGGCCCCCAAGCUGCCGCCCUCCUCCCAACCCAGCCUGGUCUCCACCGUCACCACCAACCCCAGUCUGCUGACCCAGCCGCCCGGCCAGCCCCCCCCGCAGCCUGGGGCCCCAGCCAUGCCUAGCAGCGUGGCCCCCAGCGGCGUGAGCGUGACCCCCCCGGCGGCCCCCCAGCUGCCCGGGCCCCAGCAGUCGGUCACCAACAAGGUGCUGGCCUGGAACGGCGUGCUGGAGUGGCAGGAGAAGCCCAAACCGGCCUCAGUGGAGUCCAGCACCAAACUGACCCGGUCGCUGCCCUGCCAGGUGUACGUCAACCCCGGGGAGAACCUGCACCGCAUCAUGGGCAACGGCUUCGCGGGCUGCGUGCACUUCCCCCACACGGCGCCCUGCGAGGUCCGGGUGCUGAUGCUGCUCUACUCGUCCAAGAAGAAAAUCUUCAUGGGGCUGAUUCCCUACGACCAGAGCGGCUUCGUCAACGGCAUCCGCCAGGUCAUCACCAACCACAAGCAGGUGCAGCAGCAGAAGAUCGAGCAGCAGCGCAGCAUGGCCGGCCAGCAGGUGAGCCCCGCCAUGGCCCCGGUGCCCAUCAUGGACGACCAGCAGCGGCAGCAAAGUCUGGUGAGUUUCUGCGGGGGUGGGGGGGGUUGCAGCUCCGGGCGCAGCAGCAAGCGGCAGCCACGCAGCAGCAGCAACAGGCGGCCCCAGCUGCCCCCACGCCCCCCCGGCCCCUGGCCCCCCCAGGCCGGGCCGCAGGCCACGCAGGGGGGGGCCCUGCUGCGACCCCAGAACCCCGGCGCCAACCCCCAGCUCCGCAGCCUUCUGCUCAGCCAGCAGCCGCCCCAGCCCGGAGUCCCACAGUCCCAGCAGCCUUUGCACCACCUGCAGCAGGCGUCCCAGGGGCUGCUGCCCCAUCAGGCCAUGGGGCAGGCUAUGGGGCAGCAGCCGCUGCAGCUCCCUGGCCAGCCCCUCAUGCACCAGGCGCCCGGGCAGCAAUGGCCGGGCCAGAUGGCCCCGCGGGCCCCACUGCCAGGUAAGGGGGGGGAGCAGGGUCUGAACAACCCCCCAUCCUGCACCAGCGCCGGGCGAGGGGUCCCCGUGUACACCAGGUGA